GGUAAACCCGGAUCCAUUAACCCAUCCUCUAGUUUGACCCGUCUGGACCAAAACCUCUCUCUCUCCCUCUCUCUCUCUCUCUCCUUUUCCCGACGUACUUCAUACUCUGCAGUAAACGAUUCGCCCGCUCUGGUGUUGGAGUCUUCGUCGUUGCCUUUCAACAUGGCUAAUAGGCACACCAUUAUCCUAAUGCAGACUUCUCCAAACAGAGCAACCAGAACAUUUAUGGAUUAUGAUUCAAUAAGUCAGGCAAUGGACGGUAUUUGUGGACUUUAUGAAAGGAAACUUAAGGAGCUAAAUCCAGCCAUUAGAAACAUUACUUAUGAUAUUGCAGAUCUCUACAAUUUCAUGGAUGGGCUUGCAGACUUGAGUGCACUAGUUUACGACCACUCGGUUCAGGCUUACCAACCCUACGACCGUAAGUGGAUUAAGCAGCGAACAUUCCAACACCUUAAGAAAUUGGCACAUUGAUAUGCUACAAACCCGGGUAUGAAGUGCAAUGUUGGCGUCAUAUAUGGCAUCCAUCUGCUGCUCUGUAGGUUGUCUGUUAUAAGUGUGAAAUUGUUCCACUCUUAUGCAUAAUAGUGGUAUGUUGGUGGAAGAAGUCUAGCCAUAGUUGCUAAAUCAGUGUAUUGUGUAAUUUUACACUUGUGGAAUCAUGGCCUUCUUGUUUAAACUUGGAUGAUCGUAUAUAGCUCUUAUGAAACCGAGUUUGGAUGGUUAUUAUCUGAAAAA